AUGGAAACGCCACCAAAUAAUAAUAAAAUUUCAUUGAAUUCAAAUCAUGACUACUUUACACCGUGUAAUAAUUCAUCUUCUUCAUUAUUGCAUAAUAACAUUGAAAAAGAAUUUGACGAAGAAAUUAACAAGUUUCGAUCUGACGAAGAAUCUUUUAAUAACCGAACUAUCAAAAAUCUAAAUGAUAGUAGUAAUGAUGAUAAUGAUAAUAAUACAGAUUAUCUUAAUGAUUACUCUUCACUAGAUUAUAAUAUGAAUAUUGAUGAAAAUUUUAACUUGUCAAAUCAAUCAAAUUAUUAUCAAGAACAAUUAGAAACACCACACAACCUCUACCUCCAUCGUCGCCAUUAUCAUCUCCCAAUUCACAAAAUCAAUAUACAAACUCCUAAUACUGAAGAAAAAUCUACACGUGCUAUUCAAUUAUAUCGUCAACGUGAAGCAAAAUGGUUGGAUAUUAUUAGUAGCAUGAAUCCUAGUAUGGCAAGAGAUUCAAGAAAGAUCAAAAAAUUGGUUCGUCUUGGUAUUCCCGAAUCAUUACGUGGAAAAGCAUGGCAAUUUAUGGCAGGUGCAGAUAAACUUAGGAGACCUGGUUAUUAUGAUAGAGAUAUACACAGAUGUUAUCCUGACCAUAUCCAAUUUCGAAAAGAGACUGGCUUUGGACAAGAAGAUCUCCAUGAUGUUCUUAAAGCAUAUGCACAUUAUAAUCCAUCGAUAGGAUAUUGUCAAGGAAUGGGACGUUUAGUUGGCAUGAUGCUUAUGCAAAUGCCAGUAGAAGAUUCAUUUUGGUUACUCGUAGCAACCAUAGAAAAAUAUAUGGUUGGAUAUUUUACACCUAAUUUGACUCAAAUUAGAAUAAAUUCCGUUAUAUUUGAACAACUUUUAAUCGAAAAUUAUCCCAAACUAGCACAACAUUUGGCUGAAAAUGAUGUAAUUCCACUCAUAUACGUUACUCAAUGGUUUAUGACACUAUUUACCAUGACAUUGCCAUGGGCAUCUGUACUACGUGUCUGGGACAUGUUUUAUUUUGAGGGUGUGAAUUUAUUCUAUAGAAUUGGACUGGCAAUAAUGGAAUGUUCACAAGAUUAUAUUCUUAAAGAAUGUCCAACAAGUUCAGAAAUCUUGGAGUUUUUAUUACAUAUCCCACAUGAAUUCUUGACACCAGAUCUAUUGUUAGAAGCAGCAUUUAAAAUCAAGAUUAAAAAACGUGUUAGAAAAUUAACAAAAAAAAUCGAGGCAAUGGAAAAGGGAAAAGAUAACGAUUAUCCUAAUAUUAAUAAUCUUGAUUUUAUUAAUGGAACUGUAAACAUUAAAAAUGCUAGUGUUAUUGAUCCCAACAAUAGUGGCGGAAUUGGUAAAGGUAUUGCCAUUCAUGAUACGUUGGCAGAUACUGAGGAUGAUUUGAUGUUUUUCACUGGAGAUACGGUUACAAUUUUAAAACAUAUCAAAGAUGAAUAUUUUCUUGGAUAUUGUGAAGGUGUUAUUGGGAAAUUUAAAGGCAGUGCAAUCAAAUUUAAUGAUUCACCUAAAAGACAAAGCAAUUUUCUUCUUCCUUCUGAUGCAAUUCAAAAUCAUCAAAACCCAAUCAUAAUAGCCAACCCGCCAAAAAGAUCAUCUAGUUUAUUAUUAGAGGCAAACUCUAAUGAAAUUAAAUUUAAUAAUGAAAACAAUAAUGAUGACAAUAGUAUUAAGAUAUCUUCAUCACAAAAACGUCAAAAUACAUCACCAACAAUAUUUAUUUCUAGCGAUACUGCUUCUAUACUAGAAUAUAAUAAUCCGACAUCUAUAUCAAUAUUACAAAGUAAAGAUCAAUCAAUUGGGACAGAUCAUCAUGAUACAUCGAAUAAUUUUAGUAUUAAUAAACGUGAACUUGUCAAGUAUGAUACCCUUGAAAAUAUUACAAAUGGAAAUAAUCAUGCUACUACUGCUGCUCCAAAAAGAUCAUCUAGUUUAUUAUUAGAGGCAAACUCUAAUGAAAUUAAAUUUAAUAAUGAAAACAAUAAUGAUGACAAUAGUAUUAAGAUAUCUUCAUCACAAAAACGUCAAAAUACAUCACCAACAAUAUUUAUUUCUAGCGAUACUGCUUCUAUACUAGAAUAUAAUAAUCCGACAUCUAUAUCAAUAUUACAAAGUAAAGAUCAAUCAAUUGGAACAGCAAUAUUUUUACUUGUCAAGUAUGAUACCCUUGAAAAUAUUACAAAUGGAAAUAAUCAUGCUACUACUGCUGCUGUUUCUACUAAAUUAUCAUCAUCAGAGAUACAAAAUAAUGAGAAUAAUAACACAACAAAUACCUUAAAUACUCCUCAAAUUGAUUCAUUUAUAGAAUCUGAUCAAAACAAAAAUAUUGCUGUUCCAACCUUUAAGAUAGAUUUGGUAUCCGAUACUGAAACCAAAUCACCAACCUCUGAACAAUUUAGCAUUAAAGAAAAUCCCAAAGUCGCUACUACUUCUAAAGAUCUCAAAAAUGAUGAAACAAAAGAACCUGUUUUAAAAUCAUCCAAAAUUGAAACAUCAAUAGUAAUGGGUAAAUCAGCAAUUGAAUCUUUAGUAACAACUGAACCACCAUCACAACCUCUACCUCCAUCGUCGCCAUUAUCAUCUCCCAAUUCACAAAAUCAAGUUGGAGUUGUAAAACCAAAAAAGGAACAAAUUCUUACUAUAGAUGAAUAUGGAUUUUACAAUCUAGGAGUUGUUACAUACAGAGAAAUUAAGAAUCUACCUAUUCAUGAUGAAGAUCCUAGUGUUAAAUUUAUUGUUGUUGAUGUUGGGAAAAGAAGAUUUAACCCAACAUCAGUAUUUGAUAAAGCUCAAUAUAAAUAUGCCAAGGAUCAUGUCGCAAUGAUUGCUUUUGAGAUCCUUUAUGAAGAAAUAGAAUAUGAAGAAAAGAAGUUGAUUGAUAAAAUGGAUCUUGACUAUCAAAGGUUAAUUGGAAAUGUAAUAAAAACUCCAAGAUUUCUGAACUUGUUGGACAUUCUUUAA